AUGGCAACCGGCGACACCGCCGUCUCUAUCCACCUGGCGAACCGGCCUCCAGUGCUGGCCGAACCCAGCGACAGCAACAUCUCGAGCCCCUUGAGUGACGUCGAGGAUAAGGAUGCCGACGGCGAAGACAUGGACAUCGACCUAAAUAAUGGUCAUGCCGACGAGCAAAAACACGGCGAUCACGAGUCAGACGACGGAGGCGGUUCUGCUUCUCACGCCGCCUCCGACGACGAAGACGAUGACUCCAAUCUGUCGGAGGUCGACGUCAAUGACUCUGAGGCCGAAACAGAGCGCCUCUACGACACUCCACGGAAGAAUACCGACAUUCGCGACACCGUCGUCAUCAGCAGCGAGACCGUCAACGGUGGCACUCCCACCACUCGCGAGCGCAUCUUCGAGCGCAGCCCCAGCAAGCUACAACAGCAGAUCCAAGCUGACGUAGACGCUGAGAAUGCCCGUGAGGAUGACGAGGACGACGAUGACGAGCUCUCAGACGAGCCUGACGACGAAGAUCGUCAUGACGACAAUUCCUCGGUCGCCCCGAGCGAAGCUGAGUCGGACCACGAAGCGCCCGUCAAGGCGAAAAAGAUGUCGCUAUCACCCGAAAAACAAGAUGAGAUCGUGGCCCAGUCUACAAUUGUCGAGGACGUGCUGCUUGAUUCCGCAGAGGAGACGCGAAAGCGCAAGCGCUCUCCGACGGCGGAGGUGUCCGAGUCGGACCAACCCCUCAGAAAACGAACGGGCUCGGUCGCGGCCCCUGGCAAAACGUCACCGACAAUUGAUCACUCAGUCAAAGACGAUGAGCUUCUAGAUACGUCAACGAAUGAUCACAGUGGUGAACAUUCUGGAGACGAGGAUGCCGAGGAUCUGGCGUCCAAGGACAAGCCCGAGGACGUCGCUCAAUCGGUCGAGAAUGUACCUACCGAGACAACACGAUCCAAGAAACCCAAGCGCAAUGGCGGGAAAAAGCGCAAAGGGUCCGACGAAGAAGAUAGCGAAACACUCAAUCAAGACGCACAACCAGCCGACGAAGCUGUCGCUACCGACGAGCACAACGCCGAGGAAGAGAACGCUGAAGCUGAACACGACGAGGAAGCUGAGGCGGCUCAAAGAAACGAGGAAGAACUGGAAAGGAAAAGAGCCGCUUUUGAGCAAUUGACUGCCAUAGAAAAACACUUUGCGGCGUUUAGAGACCGAUUAUACGAAGAGCGACUUGCCCAGCUCAACGAGGAAGAGGCAAUGCUCACCAGCGAGAGCCCGACACACCCCGAGUAUCUCGCCAUGAUGCAUUGCAUUGAUGCGCGUCGAGACGAAAGACUUCGUGUCGUAGAUGUCGAGUAUAAGCUCAACAUGGAAGCACUAGAACGCUGGGCAGUGGCUCGACGAGCCCAAAUUCUAUCGCAAUUCUACCAGAGCAUACGCGAAUCUAGAGAAAAAGUCUUGGAAGAGCUCGGCCGACAGUGGUACGAGAUACAGCACGAGCGCCGGCGUUAUGCCGCCAACAGCAUCCCUGAUUAUGGCAUUCGCUUCCCGGUGGCGAAGGCCCAGCAAAAGAGACAUGCCAUUGCGCAUAGUAAGGAAGUUUCGAUUCUAUCAGGUAUUGCGAGACAUGAGGGCUUCCCCGCGGCGCCUGAAAUGAAAGGCGCAACAGUCUCUGAAGUGGACGAGGAUUUAGAAGCUAUCACUCAGCCAGCAUCCUAA